AUGGUUGGCUCAGGUCCACCUAUCCUUGACUUUUCUGCCCUUACCUCCUGGGGCCGCGGCUAUUCGCCCUAUGGUGUGCAGAUGCUCGAACCCGGCACUAAGCCCGAAAUGAACGAAGGCUUCUUCCUCGGCGACGACAUUCCUACGACACACCCGUACUUCGUCAACAAAAAGAUGCAAUCUGGACCUAACGUCUGGCCCAAAGCUAGCACCAUGGCUGGCGCCUCAGACUUCAAAGUCACAUCCACGGAGUACUUGUCUGCCAUUCGCGAACUUGCUAGUGAUCUUCUCAAGGCCCUCGCUUUAACUUUAGGGCUGAGUGAGGAUUAUUUCAACGCUUUUAAGACAGGUGCAGUGCCGCUUUUAAAGUACCUCCAUUACCCCCCACAGGAGAAGGAUUCCGAGGAUAGGCUGGCGAGAGGGAUUGGCGCCCAUACAGACUGGGGCGCGAUUACGCUGCUGUUGCAGGGAGAGGUUGAUGGGCUACAGGUGUGGGACAAUGUGACCGAGGCUUAG